AUGAACCUGAAAUCUGAACGCAGAGGAAUUCACGUGGAUCAGUCAGAGCUACUGUGCAAGAAGGGAUGCGGUUACUAUGGCAAUCCUGCUUGGCAGGGAUUUUGCUCCAAGUGCUGGAGAGAGGAAUACCAUAAGGCCAGGCAGAAACAGAUUCAAGAGGAUUGGGAGCUGGCAGAGCGGCUUCAGCGUGAGGAGGAAGAAGCAUAUGCCAGUAGCCAGAAUACCCAAGGGGCACAGUCACUGACCUUUUCAAAAUUUGAAGAAAAGAAAACCAAUGAGAAAACACGAAAGGUCACUACUGUGAAGAAGUUCUUCACUGCUUCUUCCAGAACAGGAGCUAAAAAGGUGGCUCAAGAGAGAACCGUUAAGCGAGGACAGCUUGGGCGGGAGCGCGAUGCUGAUAACGUUCUCAGGGAUUUGAAGGAGAUUUUUACUCCCUCCUGGGAACUGGCUUCCCCUGCCGAAGUGCUGGCUGGCAAGUGGAAAGAGCUCCACGAAGCCAAGGCCCCCAGCCCGUCUGUCAACAGGCAGGCUAGCAUCGAGACAGAUCGAGUAUCCAAGGAGUUCAUCGAAUUUCUCAAGACGUAUCAUAAACCUGGACAAGAUAUCUAUAAGCAAUGUAAACUCUUUUUGGACACGAUGAAUCAUAAAAGGGACUUAAGCAUUGAGGAGCAGUCCGAGUGUGCCCAGGACUUCUACCAAAACGUAGCAGAGAAGCUACAGACCCGUUGGAAAGUGCCCCCGGAAAAAGUUGAGAAAGCAAUGGAUCAGAUUGAAAAAUACAUUAUGACUCGACAGUAUAAAUACGUCUUUUGCCCUGAAACAACUGAUGAUGAGAAGAAAGACCUUGCUGUCCAGAAGAGAAUUAGGGCUUUGCACUGGGUGACUCCCCAGAUGCUGUGCGUGCCUGUCAACGAGGAAAUUCCGGAGGUCUCUGAUAUGGUUGUAAAAGCAAUUACAGAUAUUAUCGAAAUGGAUUCGAAGCGUGUCCCUCGGGAUAAAUUAGCCUGCAUCACCAAGUGCAGCAAGCAUAUAUUUAAUGCUAUUAAAAUCACAAAAAAUGAACCAGCUUCUGCUGACGACUUUCUUCCGACGCUCAUAUACAUUGUUUUGAAGGGUAACCCGCCCCGCCUGCAGUCCAACAUCCAGUAUAUAACACGCUUCUGCAAUCCAAGCAGGUUAAUGACGGGAGAAGACGGCUACUAUUUCACCAAUCUGUGCUGUGCGGUGGCCUUCAUUGAGAAACUGGACGCUCAGUCGUUAAAUCUAAGCCAAGAAGAUUUUGAUCGUUUUAUGACUGGCCAGACUUCCCCAAAGAAGCAAGAAGGUGACAGUUUUUCCCCUGACGUGUGCCUGGGUGUUAAGCAGAUGUAUAAAAACUUAGACCUCCUGUCUCAGCUGAAUGAGAGGCAGGAGAGAAUUGUCAAUGAAGCCAAGAAGCUUGAGAAAGACCUAAUAGAUUGGACUGAUGGAAUCACAAAGGAAGUCCAAGAUAUUGUUGAGAAAUACCCAUUAGAAAUAAAGCCAAAAAAUCAAGCCUUAGCAGCUAUUGACUCUGAAAAUGUGGAGAAUGACAAGCUGCCCCCGCCGCUGCAGCCUCAGGUUUACGCAGGAUAGUUGUCAGUGUUCACUCUGAGAAGCGACACUACCCUCACCCAUAUCUGCUGCUUGG